AUGUUCGGUAUCGGCCUCAUCGCAACCUUGACCUACUAUUGGUUUUGUUGCCGCGCUAUUACCUCCAUAAGAACCAGCGAUGAUUAUAGCAUCAGAACUGCUACGACCACGACUAUGGCCAUGACUCGAGUAUACCCCAUUACAACCCCGAGCGACUCCCAUAUACUCUUAAACGAGACCAUUUCCAAUGUCCAUAGCCCAGAGUCACGGUCAACUCGGGUGCCGCAAGUAGUAAUAACAUCGCAUGACCAACGGCGGCCACAAAGACCACAAGGACAGCAACACUCAGUGGAUCCGCCUCCUUACUUAUCUGUCUCUGAUUUUACUCCUUAUACUCAAGAGAGAGACACUCAAGAGGAAAGAGACAUUCUAGCAGCAGCAGUAGUAGUAGUAGUAGCGGAAGCAUUAGAGAUAGUGGAGGCGCUAGAAACAAUGGAGGCAACAGAGGCACAAGAAGCACUAGAAGCAGUGAGAGCACUAGAGGCAGCAGAAGCAGCAGAAACAGCAGAAACAGCAGAAACAGCAGAAACAUUAGAAAAUGAUCUUAACCUGCAGGGGAAGGCAUAUCAGCUAUAUCGGCAGAAACACAACUUUGGGCGGAAACAACAGGAGCAAUUAAAGGCAACACAUGAUGGGGACAACACAGAUUUAUCGUCCAGAAGUUCAUCAGCCUCAGCCUCCGCCUCUUCAUCUCGAACCCUUCAGGACAAAGAUAUUACCACGUUUCAUCCACUAAAGUAA